AUGACUUGUUAUUAUGGCUUUCCAGAGAGGAAUAGACGCAGGGAGGCAUGGGAUCUCAUUAAAUUCCUAAGUUCGCAAUCUGAUUUACCAUGGCUCAUGAUUGGAGAUUUCGAUGAGCUUCUAUUCCAGUACGAGAAGAGGGGGGGUAAUCCACACCCGAAUUAUCUUCUGCGUGGGUUUGGAGAGGUUGUGGACUAUUGUGAUUUAUCUCAGUUACCGAUGAGUGGAUAUCAAUUUACAUGGGAAAAGGGGAAGGGCACGGCUAGAUGGAUAGAGGAGAAACUAGAUAAGGUGCUAGCCACGAAUGUGUGGUCUGAUAUAGUCCCCGGAGCAAAUGUGGCAAAUCUGUUGAUGAGAGAAUCGCAUCAUUCCGCCAUCUUCCUAGGUAUUCAUGAUCCAAUAGGAAGUGGAGGGACACACAGAAGACAGUUCAGAUUUGAGAUGGCAUGGUUGUAUGAUGAGGGGUGCAGGCCUGUAGUAGAGGAGUCGUGGAAUGAGAAGAGGGGUAAUGGAUUACAGGAUUGUAUUGCGCAUUGUGGUGAUCGUUUGGCUAAGUGGGGGGGAGACCGAUAUCAUAAAUUUGGUGAGCGGAUUAAAAAGCUCCGGAGGGAUCAAUUGCGACUCAGGGGGAGAAUAGAUACAGACUCAUUAACUGAAUUCCAGCGCCUGGAGGUGGAGUUGAGUAAUAUGGAGGCCCAUGAGGAUGCAUAUUGGAAACAACGAGCAAAGCAACAUUAG